AUGCUCGCCAUGGAUGCAGCAGUCGAUCGGUCAUGCUACACUUGUCGCAACCGGCGUAUCCAAUGCGACCAGACCGGUGUGCCGUGCGCCAAGUGCACGAAGGCCGGCCUGGAAUGCUUCGAUAAACGGCCGUUCCGAUGGGUCAAAGGCGUGGCGAUCCGCGGCAGGAUGCAGGGCGUAUCCUACGAUGGCAAUAAGCCUGCGAAGAGCUCUGCGAAUGGUCAAUUGGCUGUGGUGAAGACGAAUGCUACCCGUCGGGGCCAGCGCAAAAAGAGUGAUACUUUUGAUAUUACAACGCCUUUGCCUUUUUUGAUGCAAGAUCCAUCAAAAUAUAUGUUGGAUCAAAAGUCGCAAUAUUAUGUCGACUAUUUUAAUGACCGAAUAUGCAAGCUUUUCAUUGUAUACGACAGCGACAGAAACCCAUUCAGAGGUCUGAUCCCUCUAGGCUACCAAGACCCAGUCCUCAUGAAGGCACUUCUUGCACUUGCAGCCCGCCACCAUGUCAACACUGGCCAAUCUUUCCAACUGACCGAGUUACCGGCCGCGUCUUCGUUCCAGCAGGCCAAUGCAAACAGAGACGCUCUGUCCUUCAAACAACAGGCUAUAGAAGCAUUGACUCACGCCCUCGGUGACCCCAUUCGGUCUAAAAAGGACACCACCGUGGCCAGCAUAUUUCUCUUGAUUUUCCUGGACCUUCUUGAAUCUGGCAGUGAUGGCUGGAAUUUUCAUCUGGAAGGUGCUAAGAAUUUGAUUGCAUCGACUUAUCUACAUCCCGAUUGCAAGGCGAGCAUCAAUGAUGGACCAGGUCAGACGGUUCAGGAGAUUCGGAAGUUCAUCACCAAACAGCUACAUUUCAUCGAGACUCUUGGAUCGGCAUAUCUACGCCCAAAACUCUUAUCCCAAGAUUCAAAAUUUGACCCACAAACGAUGCAAUGUCAAGAAUCUACCGAAUCUACCGAAACGUCGUUUCUCGGAUGCCCAGAAUUCCUCUUAACUGUGAUCCAAUCUCUUUCCAUGCAAAGAGAUGGCCUUGCGGAGGCAGAGUGGCCACUCGAUCCCACCACCCUUCAAACCCAUUUGAAAUCCACGACAUCAUUGGUCGAGGCAAUCCGCGGCUUUGACAGCUACGCCUGGGCCUCGAAUCUAAAGCAAUCGCGACAGUCGUCACCGCAGGAGAUUAUCAGUCUAUGCAACUUGUCAGAGUCAUACAAGCUCGGCGCGUCUCUCUAUGCGCGUCGCAUCAUUAGCGCCUUAAAUGGGGAGUCGACCGAGCUGGAUGGUCUGGUCACCGAGCUCUUGGGCGUGAUUGACUCGUUGAAGAAUGACUCAGCAAUAUUUAAGUGUAUACUCUGGCCAAUGUUCGUCGCUGGUUUGGAGUGUCAGUGGCAAGCUCAGAGGGAUUUUCUCGUCGGAUGUAUCGAGAAAUUUUGGGAUAUCACCAACUGUUUGAAUGCUGUGAAUGCUGCGAAGGCUUUGCAGGAGUAUUGGCAAAAGCAAGACUUGGCUGGAGAAUCUCGGCCGCAGUGGAUUUUUAGCAUUGGAAGCUUGGGCCGGGACUGGCUUUGGGUUUAG